AUGUCUUCGUCGUCUCCAUGGGGCGGCUGGGGCACGAAGCUCAACGUGACGUCGAUAGUAUCACAGGGACUGGAACAAGUCCGUAAUCUUCGUGAAGAUGUUGAAAAAUCCUUUGAUCAGGUGGUAACAGGCGCUCCAGGAGCUCGCGUUUCGCUUCCUCUUACUUUAAAAUCACAGCAACAAAUUGAGGACAAAGAGCUUGAUAAGGAGGUAAUUACGAUACAAAAUGAGGCGGAUGUGGGUCAAAAUGAGGUGAUUGUAGCAGUUGGAACAACGUUAAGUGAGGAUAGAAAGUCUAUUGAGGUCUUAGAAGAGAAAAUUAAAGUUGAGGAGGCUGAAGAGAACGAAAAGGACGAGCAUCAACAGAAUGUGAUGAAUGCGAGUGAACAAGAAGAAGGAGAAGAAGAAGUGAAGGAGAUGGAGAUGGAGCUACAAGAAAAGAAGGAGAUGGAGCUACAAGAGAAGAAGGAGAUGGAGCUGCAAGAGGGUGACAAACAGGAUUUACAAGCUGUCGAAGAGGUCGCGCUUUUGUACGAAGAGCAAGAAGAGGAACAACAGCAGGAGAUUGAGAUUGAGGAGAAGAUAGUGGAGGACAAAGAGGACGAGGUUCAAGAUGAGGAAGAUACUUUGGAAACGACGAAGAGUGUGGAUGAGUCAAAUGAUGAAGAAGCUGAGCAAGAGCAGGUGGUUGCUGCUGCAAGCGAUGACGUGAAGGUAGCGGUUUUAGUGAAGGAGCUUGAAAUGCGUGAGUCGCAGCUGUUGGCAACGUCGGCGACUAUCCGUGAGCUGCACGAUGAGCUGGACAAGACGUGCCGUCGAGAAGUUGCAGCAGUAGAACGUGCAGACUUUCUUACGGAGCAACUGGAAAACACGCGGCGCGAAGUAGCAAAGCUGACGCAGCUGCACAAAGACGCGAGUAGUCAAAAUGCUGAUGUACAGGCGCUGCAAAUGGCUCUUGCAGAGAAGGAGGAGAAGUUGAGUGCGUUGCUAGAUGAAGGUCAGGCUCUGUCGGUCAAGCAGGCGCAGAUGGAGCAGAGACUGCGUUCACUACGUAAAGAAAAGGACGAGCUGGAGAAGCAAGCAUUAUCAUCUCAGGCACAAGUUGAAGCGUCAGCAGAGGAGAUGAAGAAGAUUGUGUCGAAGCUGAAGGCGAGCGAAGAAGAAAAGACGAGCCUUAUGCAGGAAAACCUUAAACUUGCGCGUAAUACGGAGCUGACGAGUGCCAGUGUCGAAAAAGCUGAGCAAAGUGCGCUAGAGGCUACGCAGCAGCUGGAAAAGUUGCAGGCAGAGCUGGAAAAGCUGACUCUCGCUUCUGCCAUCAAAAGUGAAGAGAUUGAGAGACUGAAGAUGGCUUCCCAGUCCAAUGAGACUCUUAACCAUGAGAAAAAGGAGCUUCAACAAACAUUGCAGUUUCUGCAAGCUAAUGUCCGCGACUUGGAGAAAGAGGUAGCUCGCCGCGAGGAGAUGGCGCGGGCAGAGAUUGCAGACCUGAAGCGUAAAUGGCAGGACGCUGUGGCUCGUGUGGACAUACUAGGACAGAGCGUAUCCGAAGCUACUCAGCCGUUGUUUCGCCAACUUCAUGCAUUGCAAGAGGACCAACGUGCGAGACAAGAUAAUUGGAAGGCGACGGAGAACACGCUUAUUUUACGCAUUGAAGAGGCCAUAGAACAACGUCGUGUAGCAGAGCAGGAGAAACUUGAUAUGAAGCAGCAAUUGCAUGAAUUUCGACGGAAGGUGGAGGAAAGCGAGUUGGAAAUGACAAGGAUACAGGCCGAACUUGCACGCUCGCAAGAUGCUGUGGAAAGUACUAAGGCUCGUGCUCGCGAGUUGUGCGGACGGGCUGAUGCACUCCAGAUUGAGUUAGAUCAGGCUAAGCGCCAACGCGACGAGCAGACAGAAGUAAAAGAGCAACUUCAGGCCCGAUUAGCUAAUGUUGAGAAGUCUGCAAAACAGUUGCAGGCUUCAUCGGCCGCGACAGUUGAACUGAAACAAAUUCGUGAGCGCGAGGAACAGCUUCGUCAGGACCUGGAGUGGCACCAACAAGAGCUUCUGCGAUUAAAAAACUUAACGGCACAACUUGUGUCUGCACCUGUAUCUACAGGCUCCACAUCUUCGCAGCGUCAUUAUGUGAGGCGAAGGUUUGACGGCGAGCAGCCCAAUGGAUCUGAAGGUGUCGAUGGUGAACUAUCUUCUGAGGCAUUAAUUCUCAAAAAAACGUUGGAAACAGCAAUGAGCGAUCAACUCACGUUGAAUGGUCACAAUACGUCGGUGUUGAGACUCAGUCAGCUGCAGCAGCAAUUACGUUUACGUGAGGGCGAAAACCGAAUGCUGAAACAACAGCUAGAAACAUUAGAGGCUCGACAGAAACAAACGACUGACGAGAUUGUUCGACUGAGCUCGCGCAACGCGUUGUUGGAGAGCGGUGAAACACAACGCGAGCAGGCACAAUUAGAAUUGGUGAAACUACAGAAGCACCAAGUGGUGCUGCUCGAACUGUUUGGUGAGAAAGAGGAGCAAGUUGAGGAGUUGCAAGCUGAGGUAAAAGAGCUUAAGGCGUUUUACCGAAAGCAGCUCGAUGCGCUGGCUACUCAUAAUGAGGAACAGCAAAAGCAGCGAGCAGAACAACAGCAGUAG